AUGCUCGUGUCUACCGUUUGGUUCACUUCUCACAUUCUCAUUAGCAGUACGGAUAUCCCUAAAGACACUGCCAGGAUUUGUAUCGAGGCCUUUUUUGAAUAUGUCUACCCUAUACCAGGUCUGUGUUUUAUUCACCGUGGCACACUGAUGCAAACCUUCCUUGACGGUACACUCAACAGCAAGCUGCUACUCGCGAUUUGUGGUGUCGCGUCCCGAUUCACCGCGCGAGUGCUACCAUGUUUUGCUGCUGCUGGCGACGGUCCGAAAUGGCUUGAGGCCGCUGAAAAACAGAUUUUGCAAAGCCCGCACCUAUUGAGAACGGAUGUCGCAGCACUCGCACUCAUUGCAUUCGACCAUGGACUGUCACGCAGGUUUUCAAGGCUAAUGGGAGUGCUGGCCUUUGCGAUCCGAAUGGCCUACGUGAUGCGUUUGAACCAUGAAGAUAAAGAUAUCUCAUUCGAAGGCCAGGAAUGGAGAAGACGCAUAAUGUGGGGAUUAUGGAUGAUGGAGACAACCAGUUGCGAUGACUGGCCUAAUUUGUCAUUUUGCCGCACCGAAAGUAUUCAUCUACAGCUGCCAUGCAAUGAGCGCAGCUUCAACAUCAAUGUCCCCGUUGACGUGGGCUCUCUUCGUCAACAGACUCAGGACCCCGGCAAAGAUGGCUAUGGGCUAGCCACGUACCUAGUUCGGAUUCAUGACAUCCGCCGCAGGACAUCCACAGUGGUGCAACUGGAGAAUUCCAUUCGAGAUUUCGAGCAGGAGCUUGAAAGCUUUCACCGCCUGCUACCGGAGAACCACGUGAUGAAUCGGCGGAAUCUCUCUCGCCGCAUUUAUCUCCCUUCGCGCACCACAUUUGUCAUGCUCCAUAUAUGGUGGCACGAGACGUACAUCAACCUCUACUGUGAAACUUUGAACAAGAUCGAUGAGGAAGAAACCUGGCCAGUCAGCGAUCCUCCAGCGACGCGACCCAUCGAGUACUACCGCAGUAGGUAUCUUCAACAUGCCGUGGCUAUGUCAACUAUAUUUUCGACCAUCCUAUCAUCCGACAACACUGUCUGUAUAAGCGAUCCCCUUCUAGCUGAUUGCGCUUGGUCGGCGGUAAAAGCUAUCACCCUCACCAAGCCCCCUGCAUUAGACGGUCACAAAGCCUUCAAUCCGGUUCCGCAUCUUCAAUCAUGUGCCGAUAUCUUGAUGAAUUCGGCCCAGUUUUAUCCCACAACUAUGAUGGUUCGCGAAAGAAUUAUUGACAUUUUGUCCAAUAUGGAACAGAUUCUGGAUCACCCCCAGCUUGCAAGUUUACCCAUGAAUGUUUCCUCAGGAACGAAAUAA